AUGUUUACUUUACUACGAAACGCGGCUCUUUGUAGCCUGUGGCCAAAAAUAGACUUGUCAGCUAUAAAUCGGCGUGCUCUAACAACGACUAUAAGACUAUUAAAAAAUCUUGAUGACAAAGUUAGUUUUCCAGGCGCAACUGAGAGCCAUUUCACUACUGAAAUGCAGUUUAUUCACAAUAUCGCACCUAUACCAACGUAUCGUGUUAUGGAUCUGCAUGGAAAGGCUAUUGAUCCUACUCAGGAACCACAGGUAUCUAAAGAAUUUGCUGUAAAGAUAUACAAAGAUAUGAUCACUUUAAAUACUAUGGAUCUCAUUCUUUACGAAGCUCAACGUCAAGGUCGUAUAAGUUUCUAUAUGACAAAUUAUGGUGAAGAGGCUUACAUUGGUAGUGCUGCUGCUUUGGAUAGCCAAGAUGUCAUUUUUGGUCAAUAUAGGGAAUCCGGCGUGUUGUUAUAUCGUGGAUUCACGCUUGAUAAUUUCAUGAAUCAGUGUUAUAGUAACGAAAAGGAUAUAGGAAAAGGCAGGCAAAUGCCUGUACAUUAUGGAUCUAAAGAGUUAAACUUUCAAACAAUCUCUUCACCGGUUGCAACGCAACUCCCGCAGGCCUCAGGUGCUGCGUAUGCACUCAAAAGAUCUGGAAAAAAGAAUUGUAUUAUGUGCUAUUUUGGUGAAGGUUCUGCAAGUGAGGGUGAUUUCCAUGCGGCUUUGAACGUGGCAGCGACAAUGAAAUGUCCUGUAAUAUUUUUUUGUCGAAACAACGGUUUUGCUAUUUCUACUCCUGCAUUAGAGCAAUACAAAGGAGAUGGUAUAGCAAGUAGGGGAAUUGGUUAUGGAAUCGAUACAGUACGUGUUGAUGGAAAUGAUGUUUGGGCCGUUUAUAAUGCUACCAAAGUUGCACGGCAACUUUCAGUCGAAGAACAUCGACCAGUUUUAAUAGAAGCAAUGACGUAUAGGGUUAGUCAUCAUAGUACUUCUGAUGAUUCCUUUGCAUAUCGUUCCAAAAAAGAAGUGGAAUAUUGGAAACAGCUUGAUAAUCCCAUCGUUCGGUUUCGCAAGUGGCUUGAGGAUAAGAAUUGGUGGAAUGAACUUGAAGAAAAUUCUUUUAGAACUUCAAUUCGCAAAGAAGUUUUAAGUGCAUUUUCUAAAGCCGAAAAACUUUUAAAACCUUCUAUCACUGAUCUUUUUAAUGAUGUUUAUGAUCGCCCUCCACAAAGUAUCGUUGAUCAGAGGCAAAAGUUAAAAACCUUAAUAGAGAAAUAUCCUGAAAACUACCCACUUAAAAAUUAUAAAAACGAAGGAAAAGAUCUGUGA